CGAUACGAACUGUCAUGUCGUCUGUCAGAAAAUUGAAGGGAUAUUUUCUAUUCAAUCUUCAAUCAAAGCUUAUUUUCCAAUAAACCACAAUUACGACACAAUCCCGAACUAACGAACGUUUGAAAUCAUACGACGGAGUGUUUAUUUUGCGAAUAAAAUUCAACCGAACUUAAAUUUGUGUAUCUUUAACUGUGUAAAAUCGGUGUGUUUUGGCUUUGAUUGAUAAGGUAUCAUUUAUCCAAUGACUUUUAUUUGGAUACGACGUCUUCCUAGAUUUCUGCGAGCGGCUAUUUGAUAGACAUUAAAUUCGUGUAGCGUUUUAUAUCUGUGACCUUAUUUCUCAAUAGCUUUAGUAAUGUUGUUCGCCGGUCGGCAUAUUAUGAUCGACAUUUCGUGAAGGAAAGGCGUUUUCAUGAGCGAUUCUUCAGGAGCAUCUACAGUUGAAUGAGAAGCGAUUACUAACCUUUCCUUCCUAAUAUAUCUAGAACAUUCCACAACCUUCCAAACAAACAAAAAAUGUUAUAAUCAUUCCAUUUACAAAAUUUAAUUUUUAGAACAUCAAAAUUGAUACUCCAAACUCGCCAGUCUCCCUUUCCCCUUUGUCCAACCCUUCCCCUGUCCGCGUUUCGCCGCCAAAACACGAAUUUUUCAAAUAUAGAACGUCGUCUCUGAAAAAAGAAAUCAGUUUGUCGUCAUCGAAUGUGGCAAAGUCGCCAGUGUCAAAACGCCACCACAGGCACAGUUCGUCGUCUAAUGUAGUAGUAGUGCCCUAUAAGGGGGUAGCGAAAUGUACUGACAGUAUGAGUUCUUCCCCAGUAGUCGAGCCCUCCUCCCCCUCCACUACCCCGUCGUCGCCUGCGCUGAGGGCGGACGCCGUGCAGUUCCAUACUUCCACGCCGAAUUAUAUUGGAAAGAAGCACAAUCCGCCCCUGAACGUCAGCCUUCCUUCGACGGCGCCGGCCACACCGCCCAGUACCACCGCUUACGGCGAGCCGACCCUCACGCCGCCCCCCCGCUCCCCGGGUGCGGUGGUGACUCCGGCCUCCGGCGACGGCCGCGACCAUCCGCCGGACGGCACUUCCUCGGACAAGUCUUCCGAAACAGCGGUUGGCGGUAUUUCGCGAACGCCGAGCACAGCUCUCUCCAGAAAAGAGAGUUACAAGGCGCAGAGGCAGCACUAUAGGAGGGAGAAGAAGAGGGCCGCUUCUGCUUUACUGCAUUCUAUAGAGGAUCCUUCUGUUGUGGUUCUCUCUGAUUGGCUGAAGGUUCGCGGCUCACUCAAGUCAUGGACGAAACUCUGGUGCGUUCUGAAGCCGGGACUUUUACUGCUGUAUAAGAGCCCUAAAGCUAAGAGCAGCCACUGGGUGGGCACGGUGCUGCUGACCUCGUGCCAGGUGAUCGAGCGGCCCAGCAAGAAGGACGGCUUCUGCUUCAAGCUGUACCACCCGCUGGAGCAGAGCAUCUGGGCGCCCAGGGGGCCGCACAACGAGGCCAUUGGAGCUGUAGUCCAGCCGUUGCCCACCGCCCACCUGAUCUUCAGAGCGCCGUCGCAAGCGGCCGGCCACUGCUGGCUGGACGGGCUCGAGCUAGCCUUGCGAUGCAGCAACGCCAUGCUCAGGUGUUCGAGAGCGCGGGCGGAGCACCCUGCGCAGGAGACGCCGCAGUCGCAAACAAAUAUUUCGCACGAGGAGCUCGAAAAACACUUCAAUGAACACGAGUUAGCAGGCGCGGCGUCCGAUUCAGACAGCGAGGUGUCCAGAACCGGCAUGCAAGUUCAGGAAGACAAGAGUUUGAACAAGCAAGCGAUCAUAGCGAGACUUGAGAGCCAGUACGUGGAGGAUCCUGACAGAGACGUGGGUGCGGCCGGAGAAUUAGUAGAGGAGGUGGCAGAAGAGAACAAAUCUCUACUGUGGUUCUUACUAAAGCAAGUCCGGCCCGGAAUGGACCUGAGUAAAGUGGUUCUGCCUACCUUCAUAUUGGAGCCGAGAUCGUUCCUCGACAAACUCUCCGAUAAUUACUACCACGCGGACAUACUGGCGCUAGCUCAAACCAUCGAAGACCCCUACCUCCGGUUCAAAUGCGUGCUCAAAUGGUACCUGUCCGGCUUGUACAAGAAGCCCAAGGGUCUGAAGAAGCCCUACAACCCGGUGCUGGGGGAGACCUUCAGGUGUUGCUGGAGGGGACGCGAUUCAGAUUGCUACACGUUCUACGUGGCGGAGCAGGUGUCACACCAUCCACCCGUGUCAGCUUUCUACGUGUCAAAUAGAAAGGGCGGCUAUGUCAUAGAGGGCAGUCUGCUGGCCAAGUCGAAAUUUUAUGGUAAUUCAACGUCGGCCAUCUUGGAAGGCUGCGCACGAGUGCACCUCCUCAACUGGGGCGAGACGUACAUUACGACGGCGCCCUACGCGCAUUGCAAGGGAAUCGUCAUUGGCACUCUUAGCAUGGAGUUAGGAGGGAAGGUACACAUAAUAUGUUCAGAAACUGGUUACCAAGCAGACGUCGAAUUUAAGUUGAGGUCCUUCCUUGGUAGUUCGGAACAGACCAACGCCAUCUCUGGGCGUAUAAAGAAAGGUAAAGAUACUGUCGCCUCUCUGGAAGGUUACUGGGACGGUAAAAUCGAUAUUAAAGACAAGAAGACUGGGGAGGACAGCUGUCUACUGGACGUGGCCGAGCUAAAAGAGCAGAGGAUGACGCGAUACCUGAUGUCCCUGGACAGGCAGGCGGAGCACGAGUCGCAGAGACUCUGGCUGAAGGUCUCCGAGGCCAUACAGAACGACGACCAGGUGGCGGCCACAGAGCAAAAGACGAUAAUAGAAGAGGCUCAGCGCACGAGGGCCAGGAACCUGUUGUCGCCGUGGACGCCGCGGCACUUCCACAGGGACCUCGCGGCUGCGGCGCCGGAAGGAAUCACCGACCAAUGUUGGAAGUAUAACCACGUAAAUACAAGCCCCUGGCAGCCUCAAGAGCUGAUAGAGUACGAGGAGGAUUACGUCAUUCAGAGCACCCUGGGCGGGCCGGCUGAGAGGACAGCUGUUCCUGCCCCCCGGCUCAGGGACCUGCCGCAGAGGUCAGACUCCGACAGCAGAGACGAACUGGUCAAGACUUACUCCAAGGCUUCCACAAAACCUAAUCUGAAACAGACUUUAGUGGCCAUCGAUUGCUCACUUCGCGACCACACUAAUGCGAUAGAACGCCUGGCUAAAACCGUAGACGCCCUGGGUGUGACCCAGCGAGCCGCGAUGAGGACCCACGUGGGUGCCACCCCAGAGAUAGGCAGAAACUGGCACAUGGUCGUGGGAUUUGUACUGGCCAUAGUGCUUCAAGCGCUGCUGAAUUGGCUGUUCAAUAAAAAGGACUGAAGUGAUUGGAACUUUAUUAACCUUAAGGUUAGAUUUUCGGAAGCGGUUAAGAUGAUUAAGGUAAGAAUUGGAGGUUUGGUGUUUCUUGUGUUUUGUGGUUUUUUAGGUUCGAUUUUGAUGGUGUAUGUAAAUGAAAUUUCGAUGUGACAUUAAGUUGAUGUUAUGUGUAAAUGAAAUUUUCAAGUCUCACCUAAUUUUGUGGUUGAUUGACUUUUGGUGGUGUCGAUAUAAAUGAAAUUUCGAAGUGAUAUAAAAUAUGUUGGCGUUGUGUAAACGAAAGUUUCGAGAAUAUAACCUAUUUCAUGACUGUAUUAAACAUUUUGAACAAAGACGACUAAUGACUGAAUGUUGUUUCUCUUAAAUGUUCUCUUAUCUUUAUCACUGAUGCGAAGCUUAACUCUUUGUCUAUUUUUAGUGAUAUAUUACAUGAUUUCUUUUAAUAAAAACAUGUCUCUAAUAAAUGUAAAGUUGUUGUAUCCUAAGGCUUCCACUUUCUUCUUGAAUGGCAUGAUAAAUAUGUGUGCAAAAUUAAACUUGAAUUGUGAAAGGCGUUUGAAUAUGUAUUUUGUUUAAAUUAACGAUCUUCCGUCGUCUCCUCGAUCCUAUUGAAUGUAUGUGAAACCAUUUGUUUCCUGAUGUCUUCUUUUACUUUUAAAGCAAUACAUGAGCGUGUUUACAAAAUGAGUUCAAUACACGACAAACUAAACAUGGUGUUCUACAAGGAACUAUCUUCGGACCCUUAGAAUUUUAUUUGUACUAUUUUUGUAUUCGAAUAUUAGUUAACCGCGGGAAAUUUUUUUCUAAAGUAAAAAUUUUCGUUUACAUGACAAUUGAUCUUGUACUGAGGCGAGUACAUAGAGAUAUAA